ACCCCGGUAACACUAAACGACGGAGUCCCCUGACCCUUCAAAAAUCUAAAUCCCGCCCCUGCGGAGGCCAUUUUCGUCCUCACAGUAGCCUAAAAAUUUGACAAUGAAUUGGCUCCCACGCGAAAAUUUGAAUUCAGACAGCGCCUCUGAUUAUCCUCAGACAAAAUCCAGCACACAGAUACUCUCCAUCUCUUUCUCACUAGCCCCCAAAUCCUCCUUCUUUCCUGUAAUUCAAAAUUAUCAUCACUCUCAGUUCCCAAAAUUAAAUCCAAAAGCAAAUUUCUCAAGAAUCAAGAAUGGCUUCAAUCAGGUCUGCAACUCGCUACACCAACAGCCUCAACAGCUCCACCAAAUCCGACCCCUCCUCAUCCGCUGAGUUUUCCUCCUCCCGUGAGACGUCACGUGCUCUCACCAAGAAAAAAGAUGCCACCCACAUCAAUUUGGGUUCCAUGGUCAAGAAAUUGGUGGAGAAUAAGAAGGCCAAGAAUUUCGACAAGGGACCCAAAUUUGUUAUCGCCGCUGAUUUUCUGGCGGAGGAUUUGAAGAAGACUGCGAAAAAGAGUAGCGGACUAAGUGGGCUUCACAAGAAGUUGUUUAAGGGGUCAUCUGGAUCUUCCGCAGGGGCUAAAAGGGGAGAGGAAAGUUCGAAGAAGGCGCUUACCGAGGUCAAAAGUAAUACGAGGACUCUGGCUAUGGUGUUGAGAAGUGAGAGGGAACUAUUAAGUUUGAACAAGGAACAGGAGGAGCAGAUUGCUGAGCUCAAGAUUUUGCUUGAGGAGAAAAACAGAGAGGUUGAAAAGUUGAAGGACUUGUGCUUGAAGCAAAGGGAAGAGAUAAAGUCUCUAAAAAGUUCCAUUCUCUUCCCGGAUGUCAUGAAUUCACAACUUCAGGACCUCUUGGAGAAGCAAGGGUCAGAACUAAAACAGGCAAAACAACUGAUCCCAAGUCUUCAGAGGCAGGUCACUUCUCUUACUGGGCAACUGCAAUGUCUUGCUGAGGAUCUUGCAGAGGUGAAGGCAGACAAAUAUUCUGGAAGAGGAUACCGUGACAACCAUUUCUGCUCUCCAAGAACACCAUCAUAUGAUCAAGAAGAGGCAGCUAAUUCUCUGAAAAUUCUUAAAAUUUCCUCUGGUGAACAGUUUGAUCAGGAAUUCAGCUCCGGGGAUUACACAACCCCAGAGAGCCCAGAUGACAUGUUCCUCAAAGAUUUGAAUCCCUGCCUAACACCUUAUGCCAAGACAAAGUCAAAGGAAUUUGGUGUUUAUAACUCCCCUGAUGAUGCUGGAUUGUCCACAAGCAUUACACAAUCAUCUGAUGAAAUUGCCUUUAAUACUUGUGGAACGAAGCUGUCGAAAAGUUCCGAUUGUUCCCAAUCUUCCAGGACAGGAAAGGGUUUAGUCCGCACAGCUCGCAGGUCUGAUGGAAGCAAAUGCGCACGUGGAAAGCAAACGCAUCAUAAACUCUUCUGAUGUUCUAAAUCCUGUAGAUUUAUAUCAAGCACUCCGCUUUCGCUCUUACAUCCACUACUUUUUGCAGUUCCUGAAACUUCACCUUGUUGGAACAUUCAGCUUAUUGAUAUAUAUAUGAUAAGAUGUGAGGCAAUUUCAUUAGAAAGAAAUUUAAUACAU